AUGUUGGCAUAUAUCGUCUGUGCUGUUGUAGCUUCCCUCAUUAUCACACGAUUCGUGCUGCUCGGGGUCAUUCAGUACUUCCAUGAUCCCAAAGGCCUCAGGCGCUUCCCACCCCUGGACACCUUCGCAGGUUUUACGAACCUCUCUUUCAUGCUCGAGGCUCACCGGGGAUUUCGUUCUAAGAGGCUGGAAGAACUGCACAAGAUCCACCCGGUCAUUCGGACUGGCCCUAACUCGCUGUCGUUUGGGAGUACACAGGCCAUAAAGGAUAUCUACGGCCACGGUACACCAUGUCUAAAGGACGGCCAAUACAUCGAGACAGCAGGCACUCAUUACCAUCUUGCGGAUGUAAUUGACCGACAAGAUCAUGCGCGGAAACGCAAAGUCCUCUCAUCCGCCUACGCUCUCAAAAAUCUCGAGGAAUGGGAGUUCAAAGUUGCAGAUAAGACAGCUCGUAUCAUCAAACAAUUCGACCGUGCGGCUGCUACACCUGGCAGUACGGUGGAUUACCGCUUGUGGACGAAUUUCUUCACCAUCGAUGCCAUCGCGGACAUUGGGCUGAGCCAUCAUCUGGGCUUUCUUGACACCGGAAACGAUAUAUGUCUGUCAGAACGAACAGAUGGGACCGUCACCGAGGUCAAUUUCCGCGAAAGUCUCUACGCCGGAGCCCGCGCGCAGUCACGACUAGUCUGGACAUACGACUGGUAUAAAAUCCUCGACAAAGUCGCCCGAAUCGUCUCACCUUACUAUGGCAGAUUGGGGCGCCAGAAUGACGCGUAUAAUGGCAUUGUCUGGCAUCUUGCCCGCGAGCGUUUGAAGCGCUACCAUCGCGGAGAGGAUCUUGAUGACUUCUUCCAGGCACUCAUGGAAGAUAAAGCAGGAAAGCCGCACUCGCUGGAAUGGGGAGAAAUCGUAGCAGAAGUGAGCAUUAUGAUGAAUGCUGGAUCCACAACAACAGCCAUUGCCAUGGCGAAUGUGAUGUUUCAGCUACUGAGGAACCCCCAUUGUCUUGCCACACUGCGGGAAGAGAUCGAUGCAGUCGUUGAUGACGAUGAGGUAGUUGUACCUUAUGAGAAAGUACGACAUCUGCCCUAUCUCCGGGCCUGUCUCGAUGAGAGUUUGAGACUUUUCCCACCAACGUCGCAUGGGUUGCCACGCAUUACGCCGGAUGAGGGUUGCACUAUCAACGGAGACUAUAUCCCAGGGAACACAACGGUAUCCAUCAGCGCAUAUGUGGCCCACCACGACGAGAACGUAUUUCCCGAACCAAACAAGUACCUACCGGAGAGAUGGCUGGGGGAGGCUGGGAAGGCCCUGCAGCCGUAUUUCGUGGCCUUCUCUGCGGGCGCACGAGGAUGCAUCGGGCGGAAUAUCUCAUAUCUGGAGCAGACAGUGCUGCUGGCGAGUAUGGUGAGGCGUUACGAAUUCCAGCUGCCCUAUCCGGACUGGGAGCCUGAGAGGAGUGAAACGAUGAACCUGCACAUGGGCUCGUUGCCGCUCAAAAUACGGAGGAGGAAGAUUGACUUCGCUUCAUGA